CAUGAGGGGCUGUGGGGCUGGGCCUGGGUGGCCCCAUCAGCCCCGCCUCUGUCUAUCUUUGGGAAUUUAUUUGUCACGGGCACUGCUGGCCUGCAGUCCAUUGCCUGCCAGGGGCCCAGAGUUGUUCUGAGCACCCAAGGAUUCUCCCUCUCAACCCAUGCAUCUCUCCAGCUGACCUCUGACUCCUGACCUCUGGCCUCACCUACCCUGCUCUGCUCUCUCUAAGGGGGUGAGAAGCCCUCAGGAGCUCUGCCGCUGUAGACGUGGGUGUCCUAACAGCAAAGGUGUGCAGGGGGCUCAGUCCUGAACCCCAACCUGGCCCACCAUGGCACGGAGGCUGCAGGAUAAGCUGGCUGCCUUUUUCUUCGAGUAUGACACCCCCCGAAUGGUGCUGGUGCGCAACAAGAAGGUGGGCAUUGUCUUCCGGCUGAUCCAGCUUGUGGUUUUUAUCUACGUCGUUGGAGGAGGAAGGGGAGGCACAGGAGGACUGGAUAGCUUACCCCAAAUCACACAGCCAAUGAGGAGUGGAGCUGGGGUUCAAAUCCAGGCCACUGGACACCAGUGGCCAGACUCAGAGCCAUCAUGCUGUGUCAGGCACAGCACAGGAAAGGAGGGGCAUUCUGGGACAGAGGAUUGGAGGUCCCAAGGGCUGGCCCACAGGUGGGUAUUUGUGUACGAGAAGGGCUACCAGACCUCAGGGGGCCUCAUCAGCAGUGUGUCUGUGAAGCUCAAAGGCCUGGCCGUGACUGAGCUCCAGAGCAAACUCCAGGUCUGGGACCAGGCCGACUACGUCUUCCCAGCACAGGGGGACAACUCCUUCGUGGUCAUGACCAAUUUCAUCAUGACCCCCCAGCAGGCUCAAAACUACUGUGCAGAGAACCCCGAAGGGGGCACGUGUAAGAACAAUAGUGGCUGUACCCCAGGGAAGGCAAAGAGGAAGGCCCAAGGCAUCCGCACGGGCAAGUGUGUGGCCUUCAACAGCACUGUGCAGACGUGUGAGAUCUUUGGCUGGUGCCCCGUGGAGGUGGAUGACAACAUCCCAAGCCCUGCCCUUCUCCGAGAGGCCGAGAACUUCACCCUCUUCAUCAAGAACAGCAUCAGCUUUCCACGCUUCCAGGUCAAGAGGAACAACCUAGUGGAGGAGGUCAAUGCCAGCUACAUGAAGACCUGCCUCUACGACAAGAAGCUGCACCCUCUGUGCCCUUUAUUCAACCUCAGCUACAUAGUGCAGGAGUCCGGCCAGGAUUUCAGUAGGCUGGCUGUCAAGGGUGGGGUGGUCGGCAUCACCAUCGACUGGGACUGUGACCUGGACUGGCACAUACGACACUGCAAACCCAUCUAUGAGUUCCACGGGCUAUAUGGGGAGAAAAAACUGUCUGAAGGCUUCAACUUCAGGUUUGCCAGGCACUACGUAGAGAAUGGGACCAACCGCCGUCACCUCUUCAAGGUGUUUGGGAUUCGCUUUGACAUCCUAGUGGAUGGCAAGGCCAGGAAGUUUGACAUCAUCCCUACAAUGACCACCAUUGGCUCUGGGAUUGGCAUCUUCGGGGUGGCCACCGUUCUCUGUGAUCUGUUGCUACUUCACAUCCUGCCCAAGAGGCACUACUACAAGCAGAAGAAGUUCAAGUAUGCUGAGGACAUGGGGCCAAAGGCGGGCGAGCAUGACCCAGCAGCCACCAGCUCCACCUUGGGCCUGCAGGAGAACAUGAGGACCUCCUGACCCUGAGCCCUUGACUCCUGACUGGAUGCAGCACUUGGCCUUGGGCUGGGGCCCUGGUGGGUCCCAGCCAAGGGCAGAAGGGUCUCCCAUGCAGUGUCCUACCCUCUUAGCCAAACAGAUACCAUUUACCAGCAGCUUAGGAUAGACCUGUGCAGUUUAGGACUCUGGCUCCAACUCUGUACCCCCCACCCCAAGAAAGCCCCACUGCAGUCUCAGUCAUUCCUGGUCGAAAAAGCCUGGGGAUCCUCACACAUUGGUACCCCAGCUUUGUGCUUAUCUCUUGGGGCCCUCAUUGUCCAUCUUUCUGCCUCAAUUUCUCUAGAUCUGUGUCCUCCAAUAUGGCAGUCACUAGCCACAGGUGACUAUUUAACUUUAAAUGAAUUAAAAUUCAAUAAAAUAAAAAAAUUCAAUUCCUCAAUGGAACGAGUCACAUUUCGACUGCUUGGUAGACACACGUGGCCAGUGACUGCCAUGUUGGACAGUGCUUGUCACUGAUGAAAGUUCUGUCAGACAGGUGUGCUCCAGCCCUAUUUCUGCCUGGCCUCAGAUUUCCUGGGGAGAAUAUUGACAAUGCAGGUGCCUGGGUCCACCCCAGACUUCCUGAACCAGAAACCCCCAUGCUGGCCACAAUGAUCUGUGUUGAUAGCAAGAAUCAAGGACAUUUUGGGACCUACAUUUAAGAAAUGCUGUCUUAGCAUUUUUUGACUCCGAGCUCUUGAUUGGGACGGGGUCUGCACCAACUGGCAGGUAUGGACACUGAGCAGGGUUUCAGAUACCCUCAGCAAGUGUGUAGUGUGUUCACGUGCCACACAGUGAUUCACGCACACACCCCCGUGUGCAUGCACACCUACCUACAUGUACACGGCCCUCAUGUACACACCACCCACAUGCACACAGCCCUGUGUUUGAACAGCUUGGGGCCCUGCAAACACAACCAUCUGACACACCUACACCCUCAAGCAGAGACACAUGAUCCAUGCUGUGUCACCUCCAUGGGGAAAUGCUUCUUCCCUAGUGUGUCAGGCUAGGACAUCCCUUCUAGCCACAAAUCCUUACUCAGCUACCUCAGGCUGGAAUGGGAGCCUAAGCCGAAUCCUGGGCUCCUUGCCCACGGCCAACUCCAGCUCCCACGGCCUCCCUGGCUCUGUCAGAACACAAGGUCUGGGAAAAGUGAGGGGUGGAGUACAAUAAAAGGAAUGAGGACGAA